AUGGCCAUCAUACAAUUUGGGCUUGGGAUGCUCGCCGCCGUCCUAGCCUGGACCAUGUUCCGCAACACGUCGACGGUUUUGAUACCUGCAAGCAUCGACUUCGGUCUCGCGAUAUUGGCAUUAAUGAUUUUUGUGGUCCGCGUCGGCACCACCAAUGAGCUCACGUAUACACGUGCACUUGCUGCAGAGCUGGUCAUCACGUUUAUCCGCAUUCCUCCCGUCACUUACACCGCGCGUGAAACCGUUAUCUCCGAGACCACGCAAGGCGGACCGCUACCCAAAUUCGGGUUCGGUGUCUUUUUAAUAAACCUAAUAUUUCGCUGUCUAGAUAUGGUCGGUUAUACAUUGCUGAAUUGUGGCUAUGAUCCGCGGAGUAUCUUCCUUGGAGGAUUGACUCUAAGAAAGAAGCUAUUGUAUGGCUUUUGCACAUUCAUGGUGUGGUUCGCGUUUAUACCAUUCUAA